UAAAUCGGAGUCGGAGACUCAAAAUUCCGGGCGACUCAAAGUCGAUCGAGUGCAUGUACCAUGUACAAAUAGACCCCUAUAAAACAAUUUUGGUGGGUAGUUUGUGAAUGGAAAAGGAAAAUCCCAAGAUAAAGGGAUGGGAGCAGAAGUUGGUUAGAAUAACCGCCACCGGCAAAAUAUUUUCCCGCCAUACCAUCUCCCGCCGCUUCUCUCUCUUUCAGCUCUAACGCCUCCGUCCAUACAAUGUCCAUCAGUCUCCCGCUCCUCCUCUUCUUCAUUGUAGUCGUCACCUCCGGAGCAGCCACUGAUCUGCCAAUGACUGCCGCCGCCGACCUCCCAUUCCCCAAUGAGCUUGCCAAGACCUUAUCCCAAACCCCAACAAACUUCACACUCCCGCCCAUAUCACAGUCGCCACAGCCAUCAGCGCCGGCCCCUGCUCCUCCUCUGCCGGGGCCACUGGUGCCUGCCCUUUUCGUGCUGGGCGAUUCCUCCGUGGACUGCGGCACCAACAACUUCCUUGGCACCUUUGCUCGGGCCGACCGUCCACCUUACGGGCGCGACUUUGACACCCACAGCCCCACAGGGAGGUUCUCCAAUGGGAGAAUCCCUGUCGAUUAUCUUGCACUAAAACUCGGUCUCCCGUUCGUCCCAAGUUAUCUCGGACAGACAGGGUCCAUUAAGGACAUGAUGCACGGUGUGAAUUUUGCUUCUGCAGCCUCCGGGAUAAUCUUCUCGAGUGGGUCGGAAUUGGGUCAGCACGUCUCCUUUUCUCAGCAGGUCCAACAGUUAGCCGAUACAGUUCAACAUUUCAUUCUACAGAUGGGAGAGGACUCCACUGCCAAACUGAUCUCCCAGUCGGUGGUCUAUAUCUCCAUUGGGGUCAAUGAUUACAUCCAUUACUAUCUUCAGAACGAGUCGGGCGUUCAGAAGCUUUACCUCCCGUGGGGCUUCGCCCAGUUCUUGGCAUCAAAUGUUAGGCAGGAAAUCAAGAACUUGCAUAACAUGUUCGUGAGGAGGUUCGUGGUGAUGGGGCUGGCACCAAUUGGUUGUGCUCCUCACUACCUUUGGGAGUACAAUAGCGAGGAAGGAGAGUGCAUCGAGGAGAUUAAUGACGAGGUGAUGGAAUUCAACCUUGUCAUGAGACGAAUGGUCUGGGAGCUGAAUAGAGAUCUCCCUGACGGGAAGGUCAUCUUCUGCGAUGUGUUUGAAGGCUCGAUGGACAUAAUGAAGAAUCACGAACGAUAUGGUUUCGAGGUCACAUCUGACGCAUGUUGCGGCCUGGGAAGAUAUAAUGGGUGGAUAAUGUGCUUAUCGCCAGAGAUGGCUUGUGUUAAUGCUUCGAGCCAUAUAUGGUGGGACCAAUUCCACCCGACUGAUGCAGUGAAUGCUAUUCUUGCGGAUAAUGUGUGGAAUGGAUCCCACACGAACAUGUGCUACCCCAUGAACUUGGAGCAGAUGGUGGCCCAAACUGGUCGUCCAUAGGGCCAAGUGACAAAGUAAGAGGAUGC